AUGCCGUGGGGGCUUGCGCUGGUGGCGGUUGUGGCCGCCGGCCAAGUCAGCUUCUCCAAGCAUCCCCAACCGCGCGGAGGCCACACCGAUGCUUCCCGCAAGCACAUCGAUGUCUCGAACAGGUCCACAGGUGGUCUCCGCAGACCAACGCGGUCGUGUGGGCACAUCUCGCAUGUCGCAGUUGGCGCAGACAGCCACCAGACGCCGGGCCUGGCGCCGCUGGUCUGGUCGAUCUUCAGCAGCAGCCGCAGCCCGCACUGCAUCCAUGUGCACGCCUUCUACUGCGAGGCGGAGCCCAGCCUGCAGAGCAGAGAGGCGAUCCGGAGGGUCGGAAUGGAGAUCACAAUCCAUGUCGUCGAUCUCGAGCGGUUUCCACUGCUCCACAACCUGAGCAACUCGAGCGCCAUGAACUUGGUGCGCUUCUACCUCCCCGAACUCCUGCCGGAGGCCGCCUCCUCAGUCCUCUGGCUCGACACGGACAUCAUCGUGCGCUCCGAUGUGCACGACCUCCUCUCGAAGCUCUUCGUCGGCGCCAACCGCUCAAAGUCGCUUGCUGCCGUGGCGCGCAAGAAGGAGCUGCGCACCAUCACGCGGUACCGCCCGUCAAAGCUUGGGGUUCUCAACGUGAGCACAGUGCUGCGGGGUGACGCCUUCAACGCCGGCCUCAUCGCCUUCAACCUCCAGCAGUGGCGAGCGCAGAACCUGACGCAGCGGGUCGAGGCGCUUGUGCCUGCGCUUCAGGAGAUCGGCCUCGCCUCGUACGCUGGCAUCUCGCUCCCAGGCGGUAUGCGAGCCGCGCCGAGCAGCCAGGUGCCGCUGCAGCUGCUCUUUGGGCACGACUUUCAGCGGCUCGAUUCCUGCUGGAAUGUGGGCGGUUUGGGCACCAGCUGGGGGCAGGGGGAGCUGCUGCCACUGCGGGUGUGGGCAAAGCAGAUCGCCGCUUGGUGGACGGGGAAGGUCGCAAGGGGUUGCGCCCUCCAUUGGUCGGGUGGCGACAAGCCUUGGAGCGGGCACAACCCCUUUGCGCCGCAGUACUACAAGCCGGUGCGCAAGGCGGCGAUCCGCGCGGGCUAUGGCGAGAUUUUCCCCGGCACCCUUGCGCACGACGGGAGCGACUAUUAUCUGCCAUGGCUGCUCAGGAUUGUUGCAAUCUUCGUGGCUGCUCCUUCCGCACUCUUUUUGGUCGUCGCAUUGAGACGACCAGGCUCUGGGGCGUUGCGAGCAGAACUUGUCCCACAGAGCCCAUCUCGUGGACACAGUGUCAGUCUAGAAUAG